UGUAUUACUGUUUGUAAUAUUGUUUUAUUAGAUACGAUAUGUAUGUAUGUAUGCUAUGAGUGAAUACAAUAUUACAUACAAUUGUUAAGUGAGUUGUUUUGCAUUCAUUCAAUUGACUCGUCAAUGACUCACUCAAUGCAAACCAUUUAAUAUUUGACUUUAAAAACCAAUAGUUUUUCAAAUAACUUUAAAUUAAUGUUUUUAUUAUAUUUGUGAUCAUAACUGCAAUUAUUUAAUUAUAUCAAAGAGUUUGAGACGAUCUCAGACAUGACAACCGAUAUAUCAGUAUCGGUGAGAUGGGAUCCGGUCACCAACCAGGAGAUGGAGGAUUAUGACUAUGACGGUGGCAAUAGCUCUUCUCGGCUUUUUGAGAGGUCGCGUAUCAAAGCACUGGCCGAUGAAAGAGAGUCAGUCCAGAAAAAGACAUUUUGCAAAUGGGUUAAUUCACAUUUGGUUCGGGCAUCCGGUCGAAUCACAGACUUAUAUACGGAUCUCAGAGAUGGCAAAAAUUUGAUCAAAUUAUUAGAAAUUCUUUCCGGAGAGAGAUUACCGAAAAUAACCAAAGGAAAGAUGAGAAUCCAUUGUCUCGAAAAUGUAGACAAAGCUCUUCAGUUUCUUUUGCGAGAACAAAGAGUACAUCUCGAGAAUCUUGGAUCACACGAUAUUGUCGACGGCAAUCCACGACUGACUUUAGGUCUUAUUUGGACCAUUAUAUUGAGGUUUCAAAUUCAAGACAUUACCAUUGAAGAGGUGGAUAAUCAAGAAACAAAAUCAGCUAAAGACGCACUAUUAUUGUGGUGUCAAAUGAAAACUGCUGGCUAUCACAGCGUCAAUGUCCGCAAUUUCACCAACAGUUGGAAGGAUGGGCUGGCGUUUAAUGCACUCAUUCAUAAACAUAGACCUGAUUUGAUUCAAUACGACAAACUCUCCAAAUCAAAUGCCAUUCAUAACCUCAACAAUGCAUUUACUGUGGCUGAAGAUAAACUAGGAUUGGCUCGACUUUUAGAUGCCGAAGAUGUCUUUACAGACAAUCCGGAUGAAAAGUCAAUUAUUACAUAUGUAGUCACUUAUUAUCACUAUUUCUCUAAGAUGAAGGCUGAAACAGUUCAAGGAAGACGUAUCGGUAAAGUGGUUGGACAAGCAAUGGACAAUGAUAAUAUGGUCCACGAAUAUGAAACAUUAACUUCAGAUCUACUCAAAUGGAUUGAAGUCACUAUUGAUACUCUUUCUGAUAGAAAUUUUGCCAAUUCAUUGAAUGGAGUUCAGCAACAAUUGUCAUCUUUUAAUAACUACAGAACUGUUGAAAAGCCACCAAAAUUUGUUGAAAAAGGAAAUCUUGAGAUAUUAUUGUUUACAAUUCAAAGCAAAAUGAGAGCAAACAACCAAAAGCCUUAUCUUCCAAAAGAAGGUAAAAUGAUUUCCGACAUAAACAAAGCGUGGGAACGGUUAGAAAAAGGAGAACAUGAAAGAGAAUUAGCUCUUAGGGAAGAAUUAAUAAGACAAGAAAAAUUGGAACAAUUGGCCGCACGUUUUGAUCGCAAGGCAGGUAUGAGAGAGACCUGGCUUUCAGAAAAUCAACGACUCGUAUCUCAAGACAACUUUGGUUUUGAUUUGCCGGCUGUCGAGGCGGCGGCAAAGAAACACGAAGCCAUUGAAACUGAUAUUUUUGCGUACGAAGAGAGAGUACAAGCAGUUGUUGCCGUUGCUCUUGAAUUGGAGGCUGAGAACUAUCACGAUAUCGAUCGUAUCAAUGCUCGCAAAGAUAAUGUUCUUAGACUUUGGAAUUAUUUGUUGGAAUUAUUGCGAAACAGAAGAACUCGUCUCGAGUUGUCUAUGGCUUUACAGCAGUCGUUCCAAGAAAUGGUUUAUAUAUUGGAUUCAAUGGAAGACAUCAAAGCUCGGCUACUUUCAGAUGAUUACGGAAAGCAUCUGAUGGGUGUCGAGGAUCUGUUGCAAAAACAUAGUUUAGUUGAGGCGGAUAUCAAUGUUUUGGGUGAAAGAGUUAAGUCAGUCGUUCAUAAUUUGCAACGUUUUAUAACAGAGGAAUCAGUCGGUGGUUACAAACCGUGUGAUUCGCAAAUAGUUGACGACCGCAUCAGACAAUUAGAAAUGGCUUAUUCAGAAUUAGUUCAAUUGGCUAUUGAUAGAAGAGGUAGACUUGAAGAAUCGAGAAAAUUACAUCAAUUCUUUUGGGACAUGUCUGAAGAGGAGGCCUGGAUUAAGGAGAAGGAACAGAUAUUGUCUUCCGGAGAGAUCGGUCAUGACUUAACAACUGUUCACUUAUUAAUUAGUAAAAAUAGAGCUCUUGAAGAUGAGUUGGCAGCACAUGAACAACAACUUAUGAGUGUUGUUAGAGUUGGAGAAGAUCUUAUAAAUGCCGGUCAUUUUGGUGCAGAACAUAUUCAACAACGCAUUCAAGAAAUUCUUACGAUUUGGGAUAAUCUUAAAGAACUUCAAGCUCUCCGAACAAUGCGAUUAACUGAAGCUAUUGAUUUCCAUCAGUUUUUUGCCGAUGCAGAUGAUGUGGACGCGUGGAUGUUAGACACAUUAAGAUUGGUGUCCAGUGAAGACGUCGGUGUAGAUGAGGCUAACGCACAAUCUUUGCUGAAGAAGCACAACGAGAGCUCUGARGAAUUGAAUAGUUAUUCAACAGUUAUUGAAGCUCUUAAAGAACAGGCACAAGCAUUGGGUGAAGUAAAUAGAAACGAUCCGGAAGUGUUGGAUAGAUUGGCUACAAUUGAACGAAGAUAUAAGGAAUUACUUGAUUUGGGAAAAAUCAGAAAACAGAGACUUUUGGAUGCAAUUUCACUCUACAAACUGUUUAGCGAAGCCGAUGGCGUUGAACAAUGGAUUGCUGAAAAAGAAAAGAUGUUGUCGUCUAUGGUUAUGACAAGAGAUAUGGAGGAUAUAGAGGUUAUGAAACAUAGAUUUGAGACUUUUGAUCAAGAAAUGAAUGCCAACGCCUCGAGAGUGGCAGUUGUGAAUCAAUUGGCGCGACAAUUGUUGAAUGUCGAGCACCCGAAUUCUGAACAGAUAUUGGCCCGACAGAACCAACUCAACCAGAAAUGGUCUGAAUUGAGAGAUAAUUCGGAACAAAAGAGAGAAGAAAUUAAUUCGGCCCACGGAGUCCAGACUUUCCAUAUUGAAUGUCGCGAAACAAUUUCAUGGAUUGAAGAAAAAACCAAAUUAUUGCAGGCGACAGAAGAAUUGGGCAAUGAUUUAACUGGAAUUAUGACUCUUCAGAGAAGACUCAGUGGAAUGGAAAGAGAUUUAGCAGCUAUACAGCAGCAGUUGGAUCAAGUGGAAGGGGAAGCAGAUAAAAUGAAAGUUGAACAUCCAGAAGAAGCCGAAGCUAUUACAGAAAGAGUGUCUCACAUAUCACGUGUUUGGGAACAAUUAACUCAUUUAUUGAAAGAUAGAGACGCUAAGCUAGAAGAAGCGGGUGAUUUGCAUCGUUUCCUUAGAGAUUUGGACCAUUUCCAGGCGUGGUUAACAAAAACCCAAACCGAUGUUGCUUCAGAGGACACACCAACGAGUUUAUCCGAUGCGGAGAAACUUUUGAGUCAACACCAACAGAUCCGAGAAGAGAUAGAUAACUAUACUGAAGAUUAUAACUCAAUGAUGGAAUACGGACACAAAAUAACUCACGACCAGACAGAUCCGCAAUACAUGUUUUUGCGCGAACGUCUUAAGGCUCUUAGUGACGGAUGGACUGAAUUACAUAAAAUGUGGGAAAACAGACAACAAUUGUUAUCUCAAAGUUUGAAUCUACAGAUGUUUUUGCGGGAUUCAAAACAAGCAGAAGUGUUACUCAAUCAACAAGAGAACUAUCUGUCGAAGGAUGAGACGCCGACAAACCUCGAACAGGCAGAGAACCUAAUCAAAAGACACGAAGCAUUCUUGACCACAAUGGAGGCAAAUGAUGAUAAAAUCAAUGGAGUCAUUCAAUUCGCUCACAGACUUAGUGAAGAACAACAUUUCGAUUCCGACAAAAUUGUUAGAAAAGCUGAAAAUAUUAACGAUAGGCGACAACUGAAUCGAGAAAGAGCUCAACAAAUGACUGAUAAACUUAGAGAUGAGCUUCAAUUACAACAGUUCUUACAAGACUGUGAUGAACUUAAUGAAUGGAUUCAAGAGAAAUAUAUUAUAGCACAGGACGAAACAUACAGAAGCGCUAAGACAGUGCACAGCAAAUGGACGCGUCAUCAGGCAUUUGAAGCUGAGAUUGCAUCCAAUAAAGAUCGUCUCAUCCAAGUUCAACAAGAAGGCCAAAACUUGAUCCAAAGUAAACCUGAAAUGCGAUCUUUAGUUGAACCGAAAUUAUCAGAAUUAGAGCAACAAUUUGAAGCUUUAGAGCGAACCACUAGUGAAAAGGGUCUUAAAUUGUUUGACGCUAACCGUCAAGUUCUUUAUGAACAAACUUGUGAUGAUAUCGACACCUGGAUUACCGAAUUAGAGAGUCAAGUAUUGACAUCAGAGACCGGACAAGACUUAACAAGUGUUAAAUUGAUUCUUGAAAAACAACAACUUAUUGAAACACAAAUGGCUGUUAAAGCCCGACAAGUGAAUGAUUUGGAAUCACAGGUCGAGUACUUGGAAAAGAUUGAACCGCAAAAAACAGAUGAAAUUAAAGCCAAAAAGGCGUACGUAGAGGAUAGGUUCCAACGAUUACAGGCACCACUUCUUGAGAGGAAGCAACAGCUCUUAAAGAAAAAGGAAGCGUAUCAAUUCAGACGAGAUGUUGAGGACGAAAAAAUGUGGAUUCAAGAGAAAAUGCCUUUGGCUACCAGUCCUGACUAUGGAAACAGUUUGUUUAACGUCCAAAUGCUUAUUAAGAAAAAUCAAUCGCUAAGAACUGAAAUCGAUAAUCACGAACCAAGAAUUCUGAAUAUUUGUGAAAAUGGAAGAAAACUUAUAGAUGAAGAACAUGAAGAUUCUUCUGAAUUCGAACGACUUAUCAAUGAAUUGAUAACAAUGUGGGAACAACUUAAAGAUAAAAUGGAUAAUAGAAAACAAAAACUUUUGGAAUCAGAAAGAGCACAACAGUACUACUUUGACGCUUCUGAAGCUGAAUCGUGGAUGAGUGAACAGGAACUCUAUAUGAUGGUUGAGGACAGAGGAAAGGAUGAAUUCAGUGGUCAAAAUGUUAUGAAAAAACAUGAGUCACUUGAGAAUGCUGUUGAAGAUUAUGCAGAGACUAUAAGACAAUUAGGGGAAACAGCUAAAGAACUUAUUAAAGAAGAACAUCCACAAAGUGAUGCUAUUGCUAUACGACAAUCACAAGUCGAUAAACUUUAUGCCGGUCUUAAAGAUUUAUCACUUGAAAGACGAGCUAAAUUGGAAGAGGCGUUGAAAUUGUUUUCAUUGAAUCGAGAGUUUGAUGAUAUAUUGCAAUGGAUUGCUGAACGUGAAGUAGUGGCCGGAUCUCAUGAAUUAGGACAAGACUUCGAUCAGGUGACUGUUCUUAGAGAACGAUUCAAGUCAUUUGCAAAGGACACAGAAUUAAUUGGAAAUGAAAGAGUGACCGUAUUUAAUGAAAACGCCGACCAAUUAAUCAAUAGCGGUCACGCAGAUAGCGCUCAAAUUGCCGAAUGGAAAGACAAUUUGAAUGAGGCGUGGGCUGACCUGUUGGAACUGAUUGACACUCGCACUCAGAUGUUAACGGCUUCGUGGGAAUUGCAUAAAUACUUUCACGAUUGCAAAGAUGUUUUCGGGCGCAUUGUUGAGAAACAGAACUCAAUGUCCGACGAGUUGGGUCGGGACGCAGUGUCGGUCUCGAGUUUACUUCGAAAACAAGCAAACUUUGAACACGACUUACAAACUUUAGAAACUGCUGUUCAACAGAUUCGAGACGAGUCGGCAAAACUUCAAUCGGCUUACGCCGGCGAUAGAGCGCGUGAUAUAGUGAGCCGAGAGGCAGAAGUAGUGAAUGCAUGGCAACGACUUCUUGCUCUUUGUCAGAAUCGUCGCGUCAAACUUGAAGAUACCGGUGAUCUCUACCGUUUCUUAAAUAUGGUCAGAGACUUAAUUCUUUGGAUGGAUGACGUCGUUCGUCAAAUGAAUACAUCUGAAAAACCUCGGGAUGUUUCCGGUGUCGAACUAUUGAUGAACAAUCAUCAGAGCCUUAAAGCAGAAAUUGAUGCCCGAGAAGACAAUUUUGCGACGUGUGUUGGUUUGGGUAAAGAACUUUUGGCUCGAAGUCAUUACGCGUCUAAUGAGAUAAAAGAGAAACUUCUUGGUUUGACUAACCAAAGAUCAGCUCUAAUGAAUCGAUGGGAAGAAAGAUGGGAACAUUUGCAGCUUAUUCUUGAAGUCUAUCAAUUUGCGAGAGACGCAGCUGUGGCUGAGGCAUGGCUUGUGGCACAGGACCCAUAUCUUUUAAGUCAAGAGUUAGGACAUACCAUCGACGAAGUGGAUCAGCUUAUCAAGAAACACGAGGCCUUUGAAAAGUCUGCGUCAGCUCAAGAGGAAAGGUUCGCUGCACUCGAACGGCUCACUACGUUUGAACUAAAAGAAUACAAGAAACAAGAGGAAGAAGCGGCGGAAAGGCGACGACAGGACGAGACAACCAAAUUAAGACCACAAAAGUCCAUUUCACCCGAAGAACAACAAUAUGAUAGAGCUGACAGUGCAGAUGCAGGUGUUGAUAGUGAACCACAAAUCGAGGAGAGAAUUGAAAAGAUUGUAUUGACUCAAACACCUAAAACUCCGACCCUAUCGUCGGUGUCUGAAAUAACAGUCACUCCUACGCCUUCUCCAUCUCAGUCGCGCUCUGUUCACACCACCCCAAAGAGAUCUAAGCGAUCGCGAUCUAAGUCACCCUUCAGCAGUUGGAGACGCAAAAAGUCACCCUAUUAUGACACUGACGAGUCUUCUAUGUCAGAGAGAUACAGUACUGCCGAUGAAGACGUGUUGCUCGAGGGGGCACUCAAUAGAAAACACGAGUGGGAAUCGACAACCAAAAAAGCCAACAAUAGAUCAUGGGAUAAGGUUUAUAUGAUAUUAAAAAGUGGUCAACUAUUAGCAUAUAAAGAUCAAAAACAUUUCAGACAAGAACCUGAAAAUAUAUAUCGAAAUGAGACACCAAUUGAUUUGAAAGGUGUUGUUGUAGAGGUAGCAGCAAAUUACACGAAAAAGAAACACGUGUUUAGACUGAAACUGCCGAAUGGCGCCGAAUAUCUGUUUCAAGCCAAAGAAGACGAUGAGAUGAACCUUUGGAUUAAUAGAAUCCAAUCAGCGAUUACUGAGACGGAAACAUCUCCCGGACCGUCGCGUUCACAAACAAUGCCCGCAAAGGGUGACGACGAUCGUAAAGAUGAGCCAAAAAAGAGGGGAUUUUUUACGCUAAAGAAGAAAUAGUUAAAUCUAUAUUUUAAUUGUUUAAUAAUAGAGUUUAUUAUAAUAUAUGAAACGUUGAUCUCCUCAAUGAGUUUCAACAGUUAGUCAAAGCAUUACUAUUGAUUGUGCCGUCACUUGUGGCUGUGCUUCCCAUUCAUUGCAAACCAUUUAUCACAUUUCUAAACACAACUUCUAUAUAUCUUUAGAUCACAAUUAUAGCCAUUUAUAAAAUAUUACAAAUUUUAUCACUAAUUUUAUGAUAAUCAAUGGGCAACUAAUUAUUUAUAAAAUAUAUUUUAUUUGAAACAAUUGUUCAUUUUAUCUAUUAUCACACU